AUGCAUUCUUUUGGUUACAGAGCGAAUGCUCUGCUCACAUUCGCUGUCACGAUACUUGCCUUCAUUUGCGCGAUUGCGUCUUUCUCUGAUAACUUCAGUAAACAAACUCCCUCUGCUCAGAUCCAGUUGUUUAGAUCCCUAAUUUUGUUGGAUUCUGACGUUUGUGGUGGGAAACCUGUAAAGAUAUUGAAUAUUAAUUGGUUUCAGAAGCAACCCCAUGGAAAUGACGAGGUCAGCUUGACACUGAACAUAACAGCGGACUUGCAGUCGCUAUAUACUUGGAACACAAAGCAGGUGUUCGCUUUUGUAGCAGCAGAGUAUGAAACCUCGAAGAAUUCUCUGAAUCAGGUUUCUUUAUGGGACGCCAUAAUACCUGAGAAAGAACAUGCUAAAUUCUGGAUUCAAAUCUCAAACAAGUACCGUUUCAUAGACCAGGGGCACAACCUCCGAGGGAAAGACUUCAACCUGACACUACACUGGCAUGUCAUGCCCAAGACUGGCAAGAUGUUUGCUGACAAAAUAGUUAUGUCUGGCUAUCGUCUACCCGAUGCAUACAGAUGA